GCAUACUGCAUAUCUGCCAAGACAUUCCCUUUGCUCUCACUACUUCUCAUACUGAUAGCUUUACUGUUAUAGCUUCGCAAAUCACUCUUCUUAGGUUGUCAACACCAAGAUACACAUUCAUCAAUAUGCAAGUAGCCGAAAUACUAUCCGACUUGACCUCAUUAAGAGUCUGCGACUACAAUGACGCCCUCGCACUCGUCACUGUUCACGAAAGGAUACCCGCUGAGCUCUCUCCAGCGGAUGGCGGCCUUGCUGCCCCAAGCCAGCAAAGCGAAAAAGCAAAUGAUGAUCUCCAGCGCGCAAAGGAGCUCGUCGACUUACAUUACGAGAUUAAAGCGCGGCAUGCCGAUGGAACCGUUGAUGAGGAGCUGGCGCGUGCGAGAGAGGAUGUGAAUCGUUCUCACGCGUUCUCUUUCCCCAACACCAGUGCAGGUUCGAUAUCAGACCACCAGCUUGCAAGCAUGGCGGCCAGCGUAGAUGCCAAGCUCCUGAGGCAGACCAAGUUCCCUCCCGAAUUCAGUCGGAAGGUGGACAUGACCAAGGUCAAUAUCGAGGUCAUGAAGAAAUGGAUUGCCGGAAAGAUCUCGGAGAUCCUAGGAAAUGAGGAUGAUGUCGUCAUUGAGCUUUGUUUCAAUUUGCUUGAAGGGUCUCGAUUUCCCGAUGUCAAGUCGUUGCAGAUCCAGCUUACGGGUUUCUUGGAUAAGGAUACUGCCAAGUUUUGCAAGGAGCUUUGGUCCCUAUGCCUCAGUGCGCAAGAAAACCCUCAGGGUGUCCCGAAGGAGCUUUUGGAGGCUAAGAAGCUCGAACUCAUACAGGAGAAGAUUGAAGCCGAAAAAGCUGCGGAAGAAGCUCGCCGGCAAAAGGAACAAGAACGGGUCCGAGAACGAGAACUAGAGGAGGUCAGGCGGAGGGAACGUUCUGAGCGGGGAAGAGGUGGAAGGCGUGGUGGUGGCCGCGGAGGAGGUCGAGACUUUGACAGACGUCGCAGCCGUGAUCGCUUCCAGGACCGGCCUUCACGCCGCGAGUUCGACUCCUAUAUUCCCUCUGGUUCGCGCAGGAACCGUCGCCCUUCUAGAUCACCAAGCCGCUCCCGUUCUCCCUCCGCGUCUCGCUCACCACCCCCUCGUCGCGAACGCCAGCCAAGCAGGGACAGAAACAGGCGUCGCCGAUCGCCUGGCAGCUCUGUAUCUCCAGACAGAGACAGGAGGCCGAGGAGACGUAGUCCUGAUUACGGUGAUCGAGCUAGAUCCAUUUCCCGCAGUGAUUCCUCACGCUCACGUACUCCCAGAAGAGACCGACGGAGACGGAGAUCCGUUUCUUCCCACAGUUCAUCCCGUUCCCCUGCUCCCAAGGACCGGCGCAGAAAAGACUCUUAUUCCAGAUCUCGUUCUAGGUCGCGUGAGCCGGGUGAUAGAAGCGCCAGACGGAGAAGAUCUUCGCCUUAUUCUUCAAGAGCUGAUAAGAAAGAAUCCACCGCUGAUUUUGCAAAGGCCCGCAAGAACCGUGACGAUCGCCGCUUGAGUCGCAGCCGCAGCAGAAAUCGCGAUGAUACCCGCAGACGUCGGUACUCGAGGAGUAUCAGUCGCAGCCGUAGCCGCAGCCGAGGACGAGGCCGUUCUCGCAGCACCAGCUCCAGUCCGGGCCGUCAUGAUUCCCGCAGUCGCAGCCGUAGCCACAACAGGGAAAAGAAGAGACGUCGCUCCAUUCAGCGAUAUGCUCCUGCUGCCCGCAGACGGCGUAACACCUCUUCUGUAUCCGUCCGUAGUGAAAAGCGACAGAGAGUGACUGAUCAGGAAGACAACGCCGCAAAGCGGUCGUCGCCACCACCUGAGAAGCGCAACUCGUCAGAUCACGAGAUGAAGGAUCCUGAAGAGGUGGGUCAAUGA